GUACUAUGUGCUUCGUGAAAAGCUUCAACAAAAUUGGUAAACCAUGCAGAAAAUAAUGUUUGCCGUGGCGAAUGUAUUCGGUGAUGUGCGUGAACUUUAUUAUCGCUUAAAACAUAAAACCGAAUCGUAUCAACCCUGAGACAUGUCCUACUCUCGAUCAAGAACAGAUUACAAGCCGUAUUUGAUGAGUUGACCCAAUUUCCUAGAUAAACAUUAAGACAGAAUGGAUGCAGAACGACAAUUUCUAUGCCCCCGACUAAUUGACUAUCUGGCGAUCGUCGGAGCCCGGCACACACCCUCUUCGGUGAAGCAAAGUGCGAGCCCUCAUAUACAAGCUCCAGAAUUGCUUCGUCGUUAUCCAAUCCAGGACCACAAAGACUUUCCUAUGCCUGUGGAUAUGGUGUACUUCUGCCAACCAGAGGGGUGUUCCUCCGUCGGCCCUAGAAGGACGGCCCUUCGCGAAGCCUCCUCUUUCGUAUUUACGUUAACCGAUAAAGAUUCUGGCAAAACGCGGUAUGGAAUAUGCGUGAAUUUUUAUAGAUCUGUGGAGAAAAGCUCUACACUAUUCGGGUUUAAUAAAGCACGAGCCAACACUGGUAUGCGAAGGGAUUCUUGGAGGAAAAGUAUGGAGAAGAGUUCGGAUUCUGCUUUUUCAAGUGACUAUAGAAGUAGCAACAUAAAUCCAAGCGACUCCGAAAAGGAUUAUCCGCCAAGCAGACGUGACUCCGAAUCUACUGCUCCAAACACUUUGCCUUCAUCAAGACUUGCUGUAGGUGGGAACGACUCCGAAAGUGGAGGAAGCCAUUCACCUUCACCAAGAGCCAGCAGAAGAAGACAGAGAAUAAGGAAUCACUCAUUGACAUCUCUCUGUAUCCUCUCUCAUCAUCCAUUCUUCACCAUGUUUAGGGAGUGCCUUUAUAUUUUGAAAAAGCUCAUUGAUGCUUGUAAUGAAUCUUCACAUCCAAGAAGAGUUGGGGCGUCUAAACAAACUUCAAGGGAUAGCGUUUGGAGUGUUAUAACUGGUCAAUCAAAUGAAGGCGCCUCAUCAAUUGUGCUGCACGAUGUUAAAGAAAUAGAAACCUGGAUAUUAAAACUACUUUCUGCUCCUGUUCCUAUUCCCGGAAAGACUAAGGUGGAAGUGGAAGUACUUUCUCCAAGCGUAUACGAACCAUUAGUAUUCGCCUUACCGAGUCAUACACGAUUUACUUUGAUAGACUUUCCACUUCACCUGCCACUAGAACUGCUAGGAGUAGAAACAUGUUUAAAGGUGCUAACAGUAAUACUAUUAGAAAAUAAGGUUGUAUUCCAGUCGCGAGACUACAAUGCUCUGUCUAUGUCUGUGAUGGCUUUUGUUACGAUGAUAUACCCGUUAGAAUAUAUGUUUCCUGUAAUUCCUUUGCUACCUACUUGUAUGAGUUGUGCUGAACAACUUUUGCUUGCCCCAACGCCAUUUGUGAUAGGACUUCCCGUUAGUUUUUUAAUGUACAAGAAGAACUUUAGGUUACCAGAUGAUAUAUGUUUAGUUGACCUAGAUUCCAAUAAGUUACAUUCUCCUACAGAAAUACCCCCGUUGCCCGAACCAGAAGGGACAAUAUUAAAAAACCACCUUAAGCAGGCAAUGCAGCUUAUGGAUCAAGUUGGCACUGGAGCGAUGUCCAAUUUAUCAACACCAAGCAAUAAUAGCGCACAACUACAGCCUUCAAGAAGAAACAGUGUCUCUUUGACACCUCAAACCACUCUAGGAGUUGGUAUACCUACAAAAUCACCAGAAGCCUCAUUACCAGGUUCACCAAAUCAAAGAAUGUCACUCACUCCACAAUCUCCAUUACCACCUCCAGCAACAAGAAUUUAUUCACCAACACAGCAAGGCAAUCCAUUUAUUUACGGAAAUGAUGUUGACUCAGUUGAUGUUGCUACAAGAGUGGCUAUGGUUCGUUUCUUUAACUCUCAAAAUUUACUAGCGAACUUUAAUGAGCACACGCGAACUCUACGGUUAUACCCCAGACCUGUCGUGGCUUUCCAGAUAAACAGCUUCCUAAGGUCUAGACCAAGAGCUUCUCAAUUUUUAAACAAAUUUGCCAGGACACAAGCUGUAGAAUUUUUGGCAGAAUGGUCCCUUACACCCACAAAUGUUGCCUUUCAAAGAGUACAUACAGGAGUUCUAGAUCCAGCUUUAAUCGGAGAUAAACCCAAGUGGUACUUACAUACUCUGGAACCCAUAAAGUUUAUUGUUUGGGAUGAUGGAAGUUCAUUAAAUGGUGCCUUAAGAAGUAUUCAAAGCCACGAAAACCAACCAACAGAUGAAAGUGGUUCAGACUCAGAAGAGGGUGAGAGUACUAGCUCAAGCUAUUCGUCGUUAAGUGAUUUCGUAUCAGAAAUGGCUUCCUCUGAUCUAUCCCCUGGGUAUCUUUCCUACCACGAUCAAAGAAAAGCGUCUGCUCAAAGCAUGACUUUUUCCUCAAAUAUCGAUGCGGAUAGUAUCUACAAGCCACCAUCCGAACUAAAAUAUCCCGAUGGAGAAACUCCUGUGCAAAGACCCGAAUCUCCCGCCUCUUCGAGUAGCUCUAGCUCAGAUUCUGAUCUAAGCUCUCCAUCAUUUAACAGGGAUUCAGAAUUUGAGUUUAAUAAAAAGGAAGAGGUUAAGAAGCCGAAAGAAAAAAUUGAGAAGGACGAUACAGUCUCUAUUGAGAAUGAGUCGGAUUCGAACUCUACAACUACACCUAAGACAAUAGUUAGUAAUAAUAAUCAAAAAAGUGAAGCGUCUUCAGUAGAGGGAGAUAAGGUGUCUACUAGGAGAAUAAGGAAGGUUCCUCCAAUUACACCAGCACCACUUCAAAAACAACCAAGCGUUGGCAACGUAUUUUCAAAAACUUCAAGCGUGGGCUCUUCUGGUUCACCUAGUCCAGGUCCGAUUCAUUCUGCAAGCAGUGUGGGCAGCUCUGCAAGUGGAUUAACUCGACAAGGCUCCCAAGGCUCAAUUUUCGAAAGAUUCGCUUCAGAAGCAAAAGAAGCGUUUAGAGAAACUACUCGGCAGAGCAGUCAGGAUGGAAUAUUGGCUCAAAUGGAUAAGUUUAAGUCACAGGCCAAAGAGAAACUUAAUGAAGCAGAAGAGAGUCACUUAUUUGCUCCUUUUGAUAAGCUGACUAUUCAAGCAAAAAAAGCAGCUGAAGAAGCAACAAAAAGUAUGCAUGAAGCAAGUAAAUCAGCUCUCGAAGCCAGUAAGUCAGCUACUGCAAUGAGCAAAAAUACUAUUGAUGAUUUAACGUAUGUUGGAAAAUCCACAUUUGGGGAUUUGACUAAAUCUGCAAAAGAAGCUGUACAAAUGAAAGGAUUAUUGAGAAAUGAUUCCUUCAAUAGACCGGAUUCUAGGAGAGACUCAACAAGCAGUACCACCUCUAUUGUAGCUCAUUCAGCGUUAGCAGGUGCCAGUAGAGAUUUUUUUUCAAACAUACAGUCUGACCUCAACGGCAUUGCCUCAAGUACUACCAACAUAUUCUCAGAUUUCUUUGGAAACAAGAAGGAUGCUAGGCAGGACCAGUCAUCACACAAGCCGAAAGAAACAAAAUCAAGUCUGUUUGGCCCUUUCCAGAGAGGGCCUAAAGGUAUUGUUGAAAAAAGUCCUCUUAUUAAACAUGUACCCAAGAAACAGGACGAGAUGCAAAGGAGGCAAAGCAUGGAUAAAACUGCUACUAAUAGUGAUAAUCAAGCAUUUUUGAAAGACGUUAUCACAAGUGUUCUUGAUGGUGAAGGAGUAGGUUGGCUCAAAUUUAAUAGACUAAAAAAACUAAUGGAAGAAGAAACCUAUCGUAACUUUGUAGUUAGCAAAAUUAACAAAACUCUUGAUAAAAAGAUAGCUCCUGAUGAUCAUAUUGAUGAUGUGUGUGUCCCUAAACCAGUAUGGAAAGGUAUGUUAAAAGUCCUACAAGCGAUCCAACAUGGCUUAGAAGUCACGUUUAGUAAUUAUGGGCUUGGUGGUAUGGCAUCGGUGUUUCAAAUGCAAGAAAUUGCUCAUACACACUAUUGGACCAAAGAUGUCGGCGACUCAGCAUCUGCUGAUAUAACUCAGGCUUCAAGUCCCAAAUCCCCCCAAAGUCCAAGAUACUCUUUACAGUCAUCAGACUGGGAGAAUGAUAGUAGAAAAUCAUCUCAAGCUGAACCUCCGGAGGUUCGUCUAAUACAUGAAGCGGACUCUGAUAAGGAGCAAUCAGCCACUGACAUCUUCAAGGAUAUGAUAACCCAAAAGAAAAACUUAUUGUUAAGCAAAUUAACGUCAUUUGAUUCAGAUGUUGAUGGAACUUUUCAUGGGUCUGGAGAUACCAUAUCACCGGGUUCUAUCACUACCGGACCAGCCGGAGGCCUUCAUAGGGGUGGGAAUCAUGCAUCAUUUCGUUCAACUGUAUCAGAUACAGAGGUAGAAACACUACAGUUUCCUAAACUUCCCAAGCAACGUACUUCAAGUGUUUGGUCAAGCAAAUCUUCACUUAGUACAGGAUUUAGAUACCAUGGUGGUCAUAUAGUAAAUACCGCUGCCUCGCCUUCACCCGACGCGGUAAGAACUUACCUCUUUGAAGGCUUAUUAGGUAAGGAACGGUCGCAUCUUUGGGACCAAAUGCAGUUUUGGGAGGAUGCGUUUCUUGAUGCUGUGUCGCAGGAAAGGGAUAUGACUGGCAUGGACCAGGGGGCGCGAGAAAUGAUGGAACGUUACAAAGGAUUAAGUGACACAGAGAGAAAAAGGCUGGAGCACGAAGAAGAUCGACUAUUAGCAACGUUCCUUUACAAUUUAACAGCAAUAUUAGUAAUGCUAAACUGCACGAAGGAGGAAAUUAAGCGAAAAAUUCGAAGGUUGUUGGGAAAAAGCCAUAUUGGUUUAGUUUAUAGUCAAGAAAUUAACCUUUUGUUAGAUCAAAUUCACAAUUUGAAUGGAAACGACAUUGACCUUAAACCUUUAGGAUCUAGAACCCUACAUAGACAAAGUUUUACCGUUCAUCAAGGAAUUGAUUGUACUGGGGAUCUGCGCUUUUUAGAGGUUCGAGAUGAUGGACUUGUAAUCAGAUCAACAAAUGGAGUUAUCAUUGAAAGAUGGUGGUUUGAAAGGCUGGUCAAUAUGACGUAUAGCCCGAAGAAUAAGGUGCUUUGCUUGUGGAAGCGUACUGGAGGGCAAACGCAGGUCCAUAAGUAUUAUACGAAAAAGUGUAAGCAAGUUUACUAUUGCAUAAAGGAGGCAAUAGAACGUAGCGGCAAUAUCCAGAGUGUUCCCGAAUUAGGAGGCGAAUUCCCAGUUCAAGAUAUGACAACUGGCGAGGGAGGACUACUCCAAGUUUGCAUGGAAGGCGUGGGAUUAUUAUUCGCCAACAGCAAGGACUUUGAGUUUUUCGUCAGGUUAUCUCAUAUAAGAAAAUGCUAUACACAAAAAGGCAGCAUUUUCAUUAUAGAGGAAUUUAAUCCAAAAACACGCCAAGUACUACAAAGAAAGUAUAAAUCUCCUAUGGCAGACCAAAUUUGUUAUUCGGUUCUCUGCGUCUUCUCUUACAUGGCGGCAGGUAAAGAGGGCAAAGAAAAAUUCCAAAUGCCACAUCCACCACCUCAAAAACCCCAAUCACAGCAACUUAACCUUAAUACAAUUCGAACAACUGCCGAAACCAUACAAGAGAAACCUGAUGAGGUUAAACUUACCAGCCCCGACCUAAGAAAACCGAUGACAAACUCAGAAGAUACCAAACUGCAACACCAAAAACUUUUGUCCCAUAUUAUGCAGCCUUCGUCUCAGCCUCAGUCGGUAGCAGGAACUCCAGUUGGAGGACCACCCUCAUACCCACCACCUGCUUUGCCUUUAGGAGUGCCACCUCCAGCACCACCCCCUGGGCCUAAAGUGCUCUCCAGCCAAAUGUCCAUGCCUGCACCUCUUAAGCCUCCUCCUAUACCGAGUAGAAGUUCGGUGCCAUUUAGACAGACCUCUCUGGGGCCUCCUAUAGGGCAGCCGCCUCCUCCCCCUCCACGCCCAAAGUGAUAAAUUAAAGAACAUUCAAAAGCUUUGUAGGAUACGGGCUUCUUGUCUUCCUUGAAUUUAGUGUAUGAAGAUCAAGACAUAUUCUGUGGUUUAAGAAAUUUUUAUUGUAGAUAAGAUUGGAAAAAAUAAAUUGUAAAAUGAUUAAACAAAAAUAGAAUUGAUCAGUAAGGUAUAUUCAAUUUAGGAAAAGAAAUGGGUGCAAAAACACAUUUUGAAAAUCUUGCCACCUAUAAAUAUUUUUGAUUAUUUACCUGUUUUCUUAUUUCAAAUACAUUAUUCGUAAUUAAACUGCUUGGUGAGUUACCUAACUUAUUAUAUGUAAAAGAAGUGUUGUAAAUGUUAAAAUUUAAAAGCAAUAUUACAGAAAUAUAUUUGUUUUUAUUUAUUUCAGUAUACAUUUUUGUAAUUAUCCUAUGUUUGUUUUGUAUAAAAUAUAAUGUGACAUAUUAUAAAAGA